AUCGAUCACCGAUCGCCGCAGAAAUGUCGAACUUCAAAAAGAUUGUGUUGAAAAGUUCCGAUGAUCAAACAUUCGAGAUGGAUGAAAUCGUUGCACAUCAAUCGCAAACGCUGCGGCACAUGAUCGAAGAUAGUUGCGCCGAUACCGUCAUUCCUGUUCCCAAUAUCACCGGCAAGAUUAUGGCCAAGGUUAUUGAGUAUUGUAAUCGACACGCCGAAACACCCAAAUCCGAAGAAAAGACUUUUGAUGAAGAACUCAAGAAAUUUGAUGAAGAUUUCGUUCAAGUCGAUCAGGGCAUUCUCUUUGAUCUUAUUCUGGCUGCAAAUUACUUGGAGAUAAAAACCCUACUGGAUUUAACAUGUGAGGCUGUGGCAGAGAUGAUUAAGGGAAAGACUCCUGAAGAGAUUCGUAUGACUUUUAAUAUCAAGAAUGAUUUUACUCCAGAGGAAGAAGAAGAAGUUCGAAAGGAGAAUGCUUGGGCUUUUGAGUAAUCUUUAGAUAUAAGAAUGAUUGUAAUUAUUAUACUAUGCAUCCAAGAUAUUAAGUUUCUCUGCUUAAUUUUCUGUCUUUUCUUUUUGGAACAUUGUUUGGUUUCUUCAAUAAUCCAAGUUAAAUCUUGUUGUUAUCUUUCAAUUAGUUAUAUCUAUGCUUAUUUUUCUUCUUUAUAUAAUCAAGUUGUUG